ACCCCAAAGCGGAAGCGUCCCGUGGAUCUGAUUAUCAUCAAAGCAAAACUAGCUUGCCUUACAGUUGUUCCGGUUGUUAGUGUUUCUAAACACGGAAAGACGAAGUAGUAAAGGAAAGGCAGGUGAGCCUCAUUCAACGCAAAAAUGUCGUCGGAGGAAUUCGAGAAGUUGCAGGAAAUCUACAAAUCUCUGUACGAGGAGCUGAAGCUGAUUCCAGAGGCGGUGCUGAGGUGCCACGGAGAGGAGAGGAAGAGGCUGGUGAGGACCUUCGAUGAGAGGCAGGGGGAGGCUGAGGAAGUGUUACAAGGAAUGGAAGAAGAGCUGCGUGCGGCCCCGUCCUCCUACCGAAACACAAUGAGUACAAAGCUGCGGAUGUACCAGCGGGAUCUGGCCAAGCUGCAGAGGGACAUGAAGAACUCGGCUCCGGGCUUCGGUUCUUCUUCCCAGGCAGUGGAAGGAAGUCACCAAGGCAUCUAUUCAUCACAAAACCAACAAAGUACACACGUGCAGUCCCAGAGAGCGCUGCUGCUCCAGGGCACAGACUCGCUGCACAACACCAGCCAGAGCAUCGAACGAACGCUUCGCAUCGCUGCGGAGACGGACCAGGUCGGGACAGAUAUCAUCGAGGAGCUGGGAGAGCAGAGGGAGCAGCUGGACCGCAGCAGAAACAGAUUGGUGAACACGGGAGAGAAUCUCAGUCGGAGUAGAAAGAUCCUUCGUGCCAUGUCACGGCGGCUGAUGACCAACAAGUUGCUGUUGGGUGUCAUCAUAAUCAUGGAGUUGGCCAUUCUCGGUGCUGUGAUUUAUCUGAAGUUCUUCCGAUGACGCGGGCGAGCCCAGACUCUGCACAUCUGUCCUGUAGCAAUAAUGCUCCUCUGCUGUAUCCAGCCAACCUUUCACUGAGCGGGGAUUCUGUCCCAGCUGACGCUCAUUUGACCAAACCUGCAGAAACUGACCUGCGAUUUGCACUUUUAGUUUGUUAUCGGACCGUUGUUACCGUUGACGCCCUGCAGGAUGACUUUCUGGAUUUGCCGCUACAGACCCCGAGAUGAUUCUGUCGGGAUCAUCACGUGCAGCUCCUCCGGCGUCUGUACUUGUGAAAUGUUAUAAAUUCUCAGAUUGGGGAAACUUUAUUAUUCGUUCUCUAAACAGUUGUAUUGUUACUAAGGCUGUCCUUAACUAAACAUGGUUAGUUGACUAACACUAACAGCAUUUUGUCGACUUAUAAUUAAAUAAUAAUAUUCCA